AAAUGUGUACAAAACAUUCGAUAUAGACAGUUUUCCUGGUCAUUCACUCAUUGUUGAAAUAUUUGGUGUCGUAAUCGGACAAACAGCUGCGUGUGUGCCGUGUGUUGACGAUUAGUUGGCCGCUGGUCAUCGGAGUUCGACAGUAGAGCAACUGUUGUGUAAACAGGCGCACGGACAUCUAUAAGGACCAGUGCGAUCGGCAACGGUGACUGUUUGGGGCGAUCUGUCAGGUUCCGAUAAGAAGGUCAUCAUAAGGCCAGCAGCGCCUUCUCAGUCCUGUGCCGUUCGUAGCUCCUGCUGGAUGCUUUCUGGAUAUCCUUUCGAAAGAUGGCAUCUUUUAUGAGAAUGACUUCGUCUGCGAAGACUGUUUUUAAAUUCAGCACUCUGCUGGAAACCAAAAGAGGACUCGCCCAAAAAGUAUUCACUCAGAAAGUAUCAGUUAUUGGCGUUCCCUUCAACAAAGGACAGCCAAACCCUGGUGUAUCCAAAGGACCUCAGCAGUUGCGUGAUGCAGGUCUCAUUGGCGCUCUGCAGUCUGUGAAUUUGAAUGUUCAGGAUGUUGGUGACGUAGUUUAUGAGCCCAUACCUAAUUUGCCACCUCUGGAGAACUACCACAACAUUGCACAUGUAGCUGCUUGCCAAAAGGAGGUAUCAAACCAUGUGCGGGAAAUUGUGUCGAGCGGUCACAUGUGCCUCACAAUUGGUGGGGACCAUUCGAUUACUGCUGGCUCCAUCACUGGCAGUGUUAAUGGACUGGGAGAUAAGUUACCAAUUAUACUAUGGAUUGAUGCCCAUGCAGACAUUAACACAAUGUCAACUAGCCCAUCAGGAAAUGCACAUGGCAUGCCUGUUGCUCUUUUACUCAAAGAGAUUGCCGAGACAUGGCUUCCAGACUUGCCUGCAAUGGAGUGGUUGGUGCCCAAGCUCUCUGUGAAAGACAUUGGCUACAUUGGUCUACGUGAUGUUGACUCAGGCGAAAGGAAAUUCCUGUCUGAUUGUGGUAUAUUAGCAUAUAGCACAGAGGAAGUGGAACGUUACGGUGUUUCAGAUAUAGUACAGGCUGUACUUGCAAAACUUGACCCAAGUGGGUGUCGUCCAAUUCAUAUGAGUUUUGAUAUUGACAGCCUAGAUGUGAAUGAAGCACCAGCUACUGGAACCCCUGUACGAGGUGGACUUACACUACGAGAGGGACUGCAGAUUGUGGAGGAAGUUCAUCGCACCGGACGUUUGGCAGCUUUUGAUAUUGUAGAAGUUAACCCAGAACUCUCAGAUGAAAGGGGUGUUCAGCUCACUGUCGAGGCAGCAAUUGAAGUAUGCCGCUCCGCUGUUGGCUUUGAGCGAAGAGGAUGGCCAGCUGCAGGCAUUACCGUUGACAAAAGGUCAUGUAAUUAAUGCCAAGUGAUCUUAACACAGCACUGAGUUGUUAAAAAAAAAAAAAACAUUGCAUUGUUACUGUGGUGUAGUACU